UCGUUUCCCUCCACUCAAAACUCCGUUACUCCCGCCUCGCGGGAUCCGCCCAGUUUGUCUGAGAGUGUCUCUCUCCCGGGUGGCGCCAUGAAUUCGCUGCUUCGUCCUUCCUUUCCCCUCAGGCUCCUUUCCUCCACUUCCCCGUCUCCCUGCCCCCACCGUGAGCUCUCCAUCGUGUCCUUCUGCUUCGCCACCCAGCCCCCUCUCCUUACCAAUUCCCCGAGAAAUCCCGCUCCUGAAUUUCAAGACUUCCAGUUCAAGAACGAGGGUUUUUGGGAAGUCGAAGCCAAGGAGGAGAAGAAAGAAGAAGAGGAAGACGAGCAAGACGAGGAAGAAGAGAGUAUGUCGGGAAUUCCUGUUCCCGAUGAAGAGCAAGAGGAGGAGAGAAUUUCGGGAAUUCCUGUUCCCAGGCAGCCGUACAUUCCGAUCUCCAAGGGAUCUCUUCUUGAUGGAUUGCUCUCGAUGUUCGAGUCGCAGGAAGAAGCUGAUCAGUUCCGUCUUAUUGCGUCGUGUCUGGAUUCUAUAAUUCAUGCAGAACAUAAGGGCAUGCUGGAGGAGAUGAGAGCAGACUAUGCUCUUUCUCAUGCUCCAGAUAUAAACAAGACUGAAGAAGUUGACGGAAAUCAUCUUCGCAGUAAAGACACGAAAGAAGUUACAUCAAAUAACUGGAAAAUGGAUGUACAUGAGUAUGUUGCACUUGGGAGUGUUCACAUCAAUAAUCAAAAGCAGGACCUGAAUGAUGCAUCACUUAAUUUUUCCUCAGACCGGAGUUUCCUACUGAGGUCACCUAGUGGAGAUCUGCCAAGUUGUUCCUCAACUGAGUCCAGAGUUUCUGUGGCAACUCGUUUUCAGCGAUCCUUCUUGAAGCUUCUGCACAAUGCACAGUUUGAAGAACUCUCAGUUCAUGAUCUCCAGUUGACUUCAGCAUUGAACACUGAUUAUCUUUUGACCCUACCAAUAUAUAUUAACUGGAAGAGAGCAUCUGAGUCAAAUGCAAUAAUAUUCAGGCGUGGGUUUGCUGCUGAAAGACAGAGGGGUUUGUUAAUUGCUGAAAAAUUGGACUACAUACAGUCAAAGCUUUUGCAGAGGAUCUUUCGUGUUCUGUCAAGACCAUUGGAAAAAGCUGGCAUGUGGAUAAAUGAGACAUGGUUCCAAACUGGCCGCAUGGAGUGGAUGGAAGAGACACUUUCUUUGCUGAAGAAAUAUUGGUCAGUGAAAUUGCUUUCUGAUGAUGAAGCUACUUCUGAAGAUGAAUUAGGAGUUGGCUCUCAGUUAUAUGAUGACCUUCCAAUGUGGCUUGCGGCGCAGCGUGCGGUUCUCCGUUAUGAAGGUUUAUUGUCUCAAAUUGGACCCCGUGGAAGAUUGUUGAGGAAAUUACUUGCUUGGAUAGGAUUCAUUCCUUCAUUCCCUGCCAAAACUAUAGGACCCAAUGAUGAGCACACGAAUGUGGACCCUUAUUUAAGGCCUAACUUCCUAUCAAGGAUAACUCUUAGUGAUAUCUGGAAACCUGCAAGAAAAGAAUCUUGUGAAAAUGAUGUGUGGAAAAUGAUUAAGGCUUCCUUCCGCAUACUUUUCUCGCAGUCAGUUCUUCAGGAGCCUGCCUUCAGCGAAUUAAUAUUGCUUUAUUCAGAAAAGAGGGACAAUGAAGAUGUCAAUGGUAGUUAUGAGCUUCCUUCCUUACAGAUGAAGCUUUAUGAGAGAAUUCCUAUUCCAGAUCUUCCUGUUAUUUUCCCACACAAAAGGCUAUCUUUCCGGAUUCUAGAUACGGUUCGGUUGGAUGUUGCAAGCAUUUUGGGAUUGUUGGCAUAUUUUGUUAACUACAAAUUUGAGGAUAUCCGCUUAUCUCCAUCAUCUAUUCUGCUUGAUGUGAUUGCUGUAACUGCACUUUUAGUAUAUGUGACUCGUGUUGCCCUUGGGUACAAGCAGACAUGGGAUCGGUAUCAGCUCUUGGUCAACAAAACACUUUAUGAAAAAACUCUAGCAAGUAGUUUUGGCACAGUUUUCUUUCUUCUGGAUGCAUCUGAACAGCAACAGUUUAAGGAAGCAAUUUUGGCAUAUGCUCACCUGCUACGGCUGGAAAAACACCAGGUAUCCUGUAGGAAAACAGUUGCUGAUAUGUGCGAGAAAUUUAUGUAUGACAAGUUUAAGGAAAAGGUGAAAAUGCCUAUUGAAAGCGCUAUGAACACCUUAGUUAGAUUGGGUCUAGUAACAGAGGUUGCUGGUGAAGAGAACAAAAUUCAGGUUCUUCCAUGUUUGGAAGCAUAUGAGGGACUGAAGUCACAAUGGGAUUGUUUGCUUGGGUCAAAAAUAUUGUAGCUUGAACAGGUAACUUUCGGGAACCUGCUUUCACAUGCUGCAGUUUCAUUAAUGAAAAGGAACUUUCUGAAUGCCUUGGUAGAUCUUCUGAAUUCAAGAUGUUGUCUUGCUUCUUUUACUCAGAAGUAUUUGCAUGAUCAUGUGGAUCUCUCCAUAGACCAUCUAAAUUGGGAGCUGCAUUCCAAUUUCAUUGACUAAGACAACUUCCAAAGGUUCAUGCUGGAUGUUUUUGUGUAUAUUUGACUCCAUCGCAUGGAUGAAAGGAAAGUGAUUAAUGAUUAUCAGUAACUGUAUAGAUGGGGAUACCCAUGAUGUAGGUUGGGAUGGAGCUGUGCUGUUCGAGUGGACGAUUAUUCAAUUUCUUAAUGCAUCUAUUUCCUAAUUUUCCCUUGGCUGCUAGAUUCAACUGAUUCAUUAGCAAACUUUAAUGAGUGCCAUAGACAACCUGAUUUCAAGGAGAAGGCAGCUUUGAUCAUACAAUUGCUGUUUCACUUUCCAGCAUCAGCUCCAUGGCAUGGCUGCCUAAAAAUGUGCACGUCUCAAGAUGUUAUCUUCUAUGCAGUUAGUUGGAUGCUUCUAAACUGCUAACACGGUUCAUGCUAUAUAGAUCCAACUCAAACAUUAAAUGUCAAAGGAGUGAGCCUAGCAUCGUUGCUUUCAAGACUUGAUGGACAGAAAUUACAGUAAAUGGAUCAACGGAAUGCAAGUAACUCCUAAGGAAGAAGUCUGUUUCCAUCAUGUCAUGUUUCAGGACUUAGUAGAUUUGAAGCUGAAGAUGUCAACAAUUGAUAUUUUGUUUUCUGUUACGGCUUUGCAUGAGUUAGAUCUAUAUCUUUAAGCUCACCAGACUCCUAUUUGGUUUGCAUGGAAAAAGCUAGAUCCAAGAAAUGAAUUUGGAAGUUAUACAGGUCAGUAGUCUUGCUGCUUUAGUCAUGUAAUAGUUUAGGUGGAACGUAGACAUGCUUCUUAAUCAACCAUUGAAUAUCUCCUGAAACUUGGUAACAACAGACCUUCCAGCUAUAUGUUGGGGUUCCUUUUGUCUUUAAUGGGUGAAUUAAUUGUUUCCUUUA